AUAUUAUUCAUGUUAAGCUAUCAAUUAUUCAUGACAAGAAAGCAUAAUCAAGUUAAAUAACCAAAUUUAUAAGUCGAAUUCAACGUUAAUGAUAAUUUCGUUUUUUCAUGGACACUUUAAGCAAACCUUCCCCUGCUAGACAUUCCCCUCGUAAACUUUUUUGUUGUUUUUCACAAAAUAAAUUUUUUUCGAUCGAAUUAAGUGAGUUUGAAGCUGCAGAUGGCUUCUUUAGUGCUGUUAAAUGGAGCCAAAACUCAUACCGGCUUUUUGGGAAUCGUUUGUUUGAGUGCGAGUAAGGCAAGCUAUUCAACUGAUGUACCAGCAUGGUAUCGUCCAUUGAAAUCAACAAAUCAAGCCACUUUUAAAAAAGGUCCAGGCGGUAGAUCCAGUUUUAAUGGAGUUGUUGCUACCGUUUUUGGAUGUAGUGGGUUUUUGGGACGAUAUGUAGUCAACAAACUAGGAAAAGUAGGAAGUCAAGUAAUUUGUCCAUAUCGUGCAGAUUCAUCGGAUGUACAACACUUGAAAGUUAUGGGUGAUUUAGGACAGAUUCUUUUCCAUCCAUACUACCUUCGCGAUGAAGAAUCAAUCCGCAAAGCCAUGAAAUAUUCAAAUGUUGUAAUUAAUCUAGUUGGACGAGAUUGGGAAACAAAGAAUUUCUCAUUUAAGGAUGUUCAUGUUGAUGGUGCUCGUCGUCUUGCAAGAAUUGCACGCGAAUCGGGUGUCGAAAAAUUCAUUCAUUUAUCAGCAUUGAAUGCAUCAGAACAUCCAACGCCAUGUUACUACAAAGAUGGAAGUAAAUUCUUACAAAGUAAAUAUCACGGCGAAAAUGCAGUUCGUGAAGAAUUCCCAAAUGCAACAAUCAUCAGACCAUCUGAUAUGUAUGGACAAGAAGAUCGUUUCCUCACAUAUUAUGCACACUUUUGGCGUCGAUUCAUUCGUUUAGUUCCUUUAUGGCAGAAUGGUAACAAGACAAUUAAGCAACCCGUUUUCGUUGGUGACGUUGCUCAGGGAAUUUUAAAUGCUAUCAAGGAUCCCGAUGCAGUUGGACAAAUUAUUCAAGCUGUUGGACCACGAAGAUAUUUGCUUAGAGAACUUGUCGAUUGGUUCUUCCGUGUUAUGCGUAAGGACGAAAAUUGGGGAUAUAUCCGUUAUGACGCUCGUUUCGACCCAACAUUCAAACUUAAAGUUGCACUCACAGAAGCUAUUCAAUUGUCACAUCCAAUUGGAAAUUUACAUCAUGAACGUGUUGAGCGUGAAUAUGUUACAGAUGUUGUUGAGAAGAGUGUCCCAACAUUAGAGGAUUUAGGUGUUCAAUUGACAUUUAUGGAAGAUCAAGUUCCAUGGGAACUUAGACCAUUUAGAGCUGGACUUUAUUAUGACUCAGCUAUUGGAGAGUUCCAAAAGCCAGCACCUCCACAAGUCCUUGCUUAAAUAAAUAUAUUCUGUAAUAUUCUUAAUAGCAAAAAAAAAAAAAAAUUAUGGAUAUAAACUUUUUAUUGUUGUCUCAGAAGUAAUUGAAAUAUAUGCCGAAUGAAAAUGUCAAUAAAGAAACACGAGGAGAAAGUAAGUAAUAAUUU